GUGAUUGGAUUAUUAAACAACGACUUUGAAACAGUUAACAUUCCAAAGGAUUGUGACUUGCCUGAAGGACAACUGAAAUCUCUCUUAUAACGUGUGAUAUACUUAUGGGCAACGCAGUGCAGAAGAUCCGAGCCCGCCUAGUGAUGGAGCGCGCCCAGAGCCACGGACUCCCCGCCCAAGCCGCCUUCUACCCCGAGCGCUCGCGCAGCCCCGACGGCAGGAAGUCGUCCACGGGCUCCUCCAGCGACGCCUCCUGGACCAGCGCGCAGGACGACACCCUGGACGCCGCCCUGCAGUCGCUCGACGAGCUGCACGACCCCGACGGCGCCCUGAGCGACCUCCUGGCGCGGACCGGGGAGGACGACUUCAUGAAAGCCGUGCUGUCCUUCUGCUCGUACAUGGACGGCCGCAUGGACACCCUCGACAACUCGAGGAUCUACGACGAGUUCCGCUCCUACACGGCCUACACGCUGUCCGAGCCGGCCAAGGUGGAGGUGGCGUGAGGGGCGCCGGCGACGCCCGCUCGAGCACGCCCGC